GUGCUUUGCCCGGCUCCGGACCCGGCCGGCACCAUGUCCGAGACCGCGCCCGUCGCCGCUCCCGCCGUUUCCGCUCCCGGCGCCAAGGCCGCCGCCAAGAAGCCGAAGAAGGCGGCGAGCGGCUCCAAAGCCCGCAAGCCCGCGGGGCCCAGCGUCACCGAGCUGAUCACCAAGGCCGUGUCCGCCUCCAAGGAGCGCAAGGGGCUCUCGCUCGCCGCGCUCAAGAAGGCGCUGGCCGCCGGCGGCUACGAUGUGGAGAAGAACAACAGCCGCAUCAAGCUGGGGCUCAAGAGCCUCGUCAGCAAGGGCACCCUGGUGCAGACCAAGGGCACCGGCGCCUCCGGCUCCUUCAAGCUGAAUAAGAAGCCGGGGGAGACAAAAGAAAAGGCGACUAAGAAGAAGCCCGCAGGCAAGCCCAAGAAGCCGGCGGCGAAGAAGCCCGCCAGCGCUGCCAAGAAGCCCAAGAAAGCGGCGGCCGUGAAGAAGAGCCCCAAGAAGGCGAAGAAGCCUGCGGCUGCAGCGGCCAAGAAAGCGGCCAAGAGCCCCAAGAAAGCCGCCAAGGCCGGGCGCCCCAAGAAGGCGGCCAAGAGCCCGGCUAAGGCAAAGGCCGUGAAGCCCAAAGCGGCCAAGCCCAAGGCAGCCAAACCCAAAGCGGCCAAGGCGAAGAAGGCGGCGCCCAAAAAGAAGUAAGGUGCCUGAGAGAAAUUGAGAGUCUACUCAUCUAAAUAAACCCAAAGGCUCUUUUAAGAGCCACCCACU